AUGAGGUCGCGCACGGCAUCGCUAUGUCGGACAGGAGCUUUGCUAAGCGGGAACUAUGGGAAGAGCUUGGAACAAAAGAGGAUGAUCACCAUCGAGCAAUUGGAUAAGAGGAGAGAUAACCGUGAGCGCGUAGUCAUUCUGGGAUCCGGUUGGGCCGGCUUCACAGUCGCACGCAGUCUUGACUCAUCCAAAUUUCAAACCCUCGUCGUAUCGCCGCGGUCCUACUUUGCUUUCACCCCUCUCCUUGCCUCCACCGCAGUAGGCACCUUGGAAUUCCGCACCGCGCUCGAACCCGUGCGGAGCCGGCGAACCAAAGUCGAUUUCUUUCAAGGAUGGGCCGACGACGUAGAUUUCAAGAACAGGACGAUUACGAUUGAAGAGGCGGUUGACGACCCGAAGCAAGGUGUCGCACUAACCACGGACCGCCACGCUGGAGAAACGGCGGAAGAGAGGGAGGCAGAGAAAAAGAAGGAAGCGAAAGUAGGGAAGCUGUUUGACGUGGAGUACGACAAGUUGAUUGUCACGGUGGGAUGUUAUAGUCAGACAUUCAGUACGCCGGGUGUGAAAGAACACGCCUUCUUCCUCAAAGAUGUAGGCGAUGCGCGCAGGAUCCGGAAUCGCAUCUUAGCAUGCUUUGAAGGCGCCGCUCUACCCACUACGUCUAUCGAGAUGAAGAAGCAGCUACUCAACUUCGCCGUUGUGGGCGGUGGACCCACCGGUAUCGAAUUCAGCGCGGAACUGCACGACCUGAUCAACGAGGAUAUGAAGAAACUGUACCCGGAACUUGUUCAGUACCACAAGAUUACUGUUUACGAUGUCGCGGAGAAGGUACUUCCGAUGUUUGAUCAGAAACUCGCGGGGUAUGCGAUGCAAAAGUUCAAGCGUAAGGGGAUUGAUAUCAAGACGAGUCAUCACGUUGAAGAGUUGAGGCCGGGGGCUCCUGCGGAAAGGAGCUUUUCGGAUGAUGUGGAUGAUUACCAUUUGUAUACGCUCAAGGUGAAGGAAGAGGGCGAGAUUGGGGUGGGAAUGUGUGUAUGGAGCACAGGACUAAUGCAAAACCCCUUCGUCGACCACGCCCUCUCCUCCGUCCGCGAAGCACCCACAGAUCUCUACCUCCCCUCCUCCUCCCCAUCAUCUAUCCAAUCCAGUACCCCAGGCAAAGACGUAAAAUGGAUAGUAAAGAAAGACCCUAAGUCCGGGUCCAUCAUAACAGACGACCACUUGCGCGUCAAACUCAUCCCAUCAACCUCAGAACAGUCAGAGGAGUCGACGCAAGAAGCAAUCCACCCCUCCGUCUUCGCCCUUGGCGACUGCGGGAUAAUCGAAUCAACAACCUACCCCGCCACCGCGCAAGUCGCGUCCCAAAAAGCUUUCUGGUUGGCAAAACGCCUCAACAAAGGCGACAUUUCUCCCUCCUCCUCUAAAGGCUUCACAUACCGCGACCUCGGAACACUAGCUUACAUCGGUAACUGGAAUGCGUUGUUCCAAGGAGGCGGGAAAUGGGGUGGGAGGCUCCAAGGGUAUGUAGCGUGGAUUAUUUGGCGGGGAGCGUAUUUGACGCGGACGGUGAGUUGGCGGAAUAAGGUCUUAGUGCCGGUUUAUUGGGUGGUUAAUUGGAUAUUUGGGAGGGAUGUUUCGAGGUUUUAG